AUGGUCACCGUCCUUCCUUCCCUCUGGCCUUGCCCGGAUCUCAAGAAGGUUUCUCUUCACGCACCUGAGAGUCUAUCUUCCUGGUUCAACAUGCCGCUCUCUACCUACCUCGUUCAGGCCUCCAUCGCGGCGCUGCUGGUUGUCUUUGGUGUUCAGAUGCAGACGACUGCGGCACAAGUGACACUGCCAACAUGUACGAACGUGGACCAACCGAAUCCCCUCUGGAGCCAGCACCCGAACAACGCCACGGGUGUUCUGAACGUCACGAUGGCCAUCAUCCCGAUCCCAAUGACGACGGCACGCCAGAUGGUUCCCUUUGGAAUCUUGGAGAACAACCUUCGAGCUGUGAUGCCAGACUUUCCCGCUGGCAUGUACCCUGUUGUUGUUCAGGCUGGACAUGACCACGAUAUCCGGUUUCAAGACUUUGGUAUACCCGACUUCAGUAAAGCUGGAUUUGAAUUCCCCUUCUUGGAUCUGCUCGGCGACGGCACUUCAAACUUCCGCUGGGCUCCGGAGCAAUUGAUUUCUGCUAGCAAUCCUGCUGCAGUUACCGGCUCGCAAGCAUACGGCACUGAAGUACACGCUGCCACAUUUGGCCCGGAAUGCAACGCCUACGGGGCGCUCCCCCAAGGUGGCACGUACUUCAACGGCUCGGCCGGCGGGAACUACAUGUCUCUCGAGAUGCAACGAGCAUCAGCAGACCAGCCUAUCCCGUACACCCUGUCCAUGUUCGACAGCAUCAUCAACCAGCCCAUCUUCGCCAACGGCUCGGCUUGCGACCAGCAAAUUCGGCUCUUCAACACCUCCUUGACGCAGGGCGCAUUCGAGCCGGUCCCGGUCCGUGGAACUGUCAAGUCCAACUUGGGCCCGUUCCGCACCGAUGCCGCUUUCCCGGACGCCGUCGGCUUCCAGGCCGCUACGCCCUUCAUCGAAAACAACUACCUCCCUUGCGACAUGUUUAGAGGAUAUAACCCGGUUAAGACCACUUGA